AUGCAAGAUGACAUAAUAUAUGGGAAUGAUGAUAUGAAAGAGACCAUAAGAAGGCUUCCUGAGAACUUUUACAACAACAGGAUGUUUCACAUUAAGAGAGCAUUGGACCUGACCAUGAAGCAGCAGAUUGUGCCUAAAGAGCAUUGGACAAAAUGUGAAGAGUAUAAAUUCUACCUUGAAUCGUAUCUGAAAUGA